GUCAUGUCGGUCGGACAUUACUAAGCAUUUUGUGAUUGAAUACACGAUUUGCUGUUCCUCAUCAUUGUGUCGCGAAAACGCUGGAGAAAAUUCUCAUUAAAGUAAGAUAAAUUGAUAAAACACAGUGUGUUGGGAUUGAGGGAACAACAACAAAGCAAGCUUAAGAAAAACAGCGACGAAACACCAGAUUCAUACAAAAAAGCAACAAGAUGGUGCUGGAAAGUACGAUGGUUUGCUUCGAUAACAGCGAUUACCAGCGCAAUGGUGAUUACUUUCCUACUCGUCUGAACGCACAGAAGGAUGGCGUCAAUCUGGUGUGCCUGUCGAAGGUUCGCUCGAAUCCGGAGAACAACGUCGGUCUGAUGACGCUCGCGAACACGACGGAGGUGCUGGCAACGCUGACCAGCGACGUUGGCCGUAUCCUGUCGAAGCUUCAUCUGGUUAAUCCGAAUGGAAACAUUAACUUGAUGACUGGGCUGCGCAUCGCUCACCUGGUGCUUAAGCAUCGCCAGGGCAAGAACCACAAGAUGCGUAUUGUCGUGUUCGUCGGGUCACCGGUGGUGCACGACGAGGGCGAACUGGUGAAGCUGGCGAAGAAGCUGAAAAAGGAGAAGGUAAACGUGGACAUUGUGAGCUUUGGCGACCACCAGAAGAACAAUGACACGUUCACGGCGUUCAUUAACGUAUUGAAUGGCAAGGAUGGCACCGGAUCGCAUCUGGUUUGUGUGCCGCGCGGAUCGGUCUUCUCGGAGGCGCUCAUCUCGUCGCCAAUCAUCCAAGGGGAGGAUGGUACCGGUGGGGCCGGUCUUGGCGGGGCAGGUUUCGAGUUUGGCGUUGAUCCGAACGAAGAUCCCGAGCUGGCGCUGGCUUUGCGUGUUUCUAUGGAGGAGCAACGCUUACGCCAGGAAGAAGAGCAGCGCCGCGCAACGGCAAACAGUGCCGCCGAGGGAACUGGUGCAGCCGAGACAGCGACCGGAACGGCCGGCGAGUCGGCAGCAGCUGGUACAACGGCAACGCCGUCAUCAUCGUCGUUCUCCAGAGCGGUACGUAAUAUCUCUGCCGAACCACACUCAGAGGAGGCGAUGCUGGAGCGCGCGCUGGCUUUGUCGACGGGCGAAAUCAUACCGACGGACGAUUCCAUGCCGGACUUUGCCAACAUGACCGAGGAGGAGCAAAUUGCGUUCGCCAUGCAGAUGUCGAUGCAGGACGCUCAAGAGCCCAUCUCGCAGCCGGCCAAGCGACAGAAGCAGGAGGAUGACACGCCGAUGGAGGUGGAUGAGGAGGAUAUUGAAGUCGUUCCCAUCUCACCGGCGUACUUGAUGAGCGUGCUGGAGAAUCUGCCCGGUGUCGAUCCGCAGUCGGAAGCCGUCCGGAAUGCGGUCGGAUCGUUGAACAAAGACAACAAAAAUGCAAAGAAGCAACCGCCCUCGGAUAAGGAUAAUGAUGGCGAGAGCAAAAAGUAGAGAGGGCUUCUGAUUUGUUUUUUGUUUGCUUCUUCGCAUCCAUUUGAUGAACGACUAAAUUAAUCAAUAAGAUUUAUCCGUACCAUAAGAAUGGAAUCCUUACCUAGAAAUCGCUUGUAACCCUGUUUGUGGAUGCAAAAAUGUCUUGUAAUACAAUUGUACUGAGGUAACCGAAAACACAAGCCU